AUGUUGGACCCGUCGUCCAGCGAGGAGGAGUCGGAGGAGCUGGUGGAGGAGGAGAGCAGCAAGGAGGUGUUGGCCCCGGCCCCCGCCGGGGCUCGCCUCUCGCCCAGCCGCACCAGCGAGAGCUCCGGGCCGGGGGCCGGGCUGCAGCCCGGCGGCCGGGCCGGCGGCGGCGGGGCGGGCGGCGGCAGCGUCCGGCCUUCCAGCCCCAGCCCGUCGGUGGUGAGCGAGAAGGAGAAGGAAGAGCUCGAGCGGCUGCAGAAGGAGGAGGAGGAGAGGAAGCGGCGGCUGCAGCUCUAUGUCUUCGUGAUGCGCUGCAUCGCCUACCCCUUCAACGCCAAGCAGCCCACCGACAUGGCCCGCCGGCAGCAGAAGAUAAGCAAGCAGCAGCUCCAGAUAGUCAAGGAUCGAUUCCAAGCAUUUCUCAAUGGAGAAACGCAGAUUGUGGCUGAUGAAGCUUUUAUUAAUGCAGUCCAAAGUUAUUUCGAGGUGUUUCUGAAAAGUGAUCGUGUGGCCCGGAUGGUGCAGAGCGGGGGUUGCUCUGCAAAUGACUCUCGAGAAGUUUUCAAGAAGCACAUUGAGAAGAGGGUGCGCAGCCUGCCCGAGAUCGACGGCCUCAGCAAGGAAACGGUUCUCAGCUCUUGGAUGGCAAAAUUCGAUGCUAUUUACCGUGGCGAAGAGGAUCCGCGCAAACAGCAGGCCAGGAUGACUGCCAGUGCUGCCUCGGAGCUGAUCCUCAGCAAGGAACAGCUGUACGAAAUGUUCCAGAACAUCUUGGGAAUCAAGAAAUUUGAGCAUCAGCUGCUGUACAAUGCGUGUCAGCUGGAUAAUCCAGAUGAGCAAGCUGCGCAGAUCAGACGAGAGUUAGAUGGACGCCUUCAAAUGGCAGAUCAAAUUGCCAAGGAGCGUAAAUUUCCGAAAUUUGUAUCCAAAGAAAUGGAAAACAUGUUUAUCGAGGAGCUGAAGUCUUCUGUCAAUCUGCUGAUGGCAAACUUGGAAAGCAUGCCAGUGUCCAAAGGUGGCUCGGAGUUCAAGUUACAGAAGCUAAAACGCAGCCACAACACCUCAAUCAUUGACCUGGGAGAAGAAAAUGAAAACCAGCUUUCAAAGUCCGAUGUUGUGCUGUCUUUCUCCUUGGAGGUCGUCAUAAUGGAAGUGCAGGGUCUAAAAUCCUUAGCUCCAAACCGCAUCGUUUAUUGCACUAUGGAAGUAGAAGGUGGAGAGAAACUGCAGACUGACCAAGCAGAAGCUUCGAAACCAACCUGGGGCACUCAAGGUGACUUUACCACAACGCACGCACUUCCCGCAGUGAAGGUGAAGCUGUUUACAGAGAGCACCGGAGUGCUGGCUUUAGAGGACAAAGAACUUGGGCGGGUGGUUCUUCACCCUACUCCGAAUAGCCCAAAACAAUCAGAGUGGCACAAAAUGACUGUUUCCAAAAACUGCUCAGAUCAAGAUCUAAAGAUCAAACUUGCAGUCCGAAUGGAUAAACCUCAAAACAUGAAGCAUUCUGGAUACUUAUGGGCCAUUGGUAAAAACGUUUGGAAGAGAUGGAAGAAAAGGUUCUUUGUGCUGGUCCAGGUUAGUCAAUAUACGUUUGCUAUGUGCAGUUACCGGGAGAAAAAAGCUGAGCCUCAAGAACUACUGCAACUUGACGGAUACACAGUGGACUACACUGACCCCCAGCCAGGUUUGGAGGGUGGCAGAACAUUUUUCAAUGCAGUGAAAGAAGGAGACACAGUGAUUUUCGCAAGCGAUGAUGAACAGGACCGUAUCCUGUGGGUUCAAGCCAUGUACCGGGCCACCGGCCAGUCCCACAAACCUGUGCCACCGACCCAAGUUCAAAAGCUUAAUGCUAAGGGAGGAAAUGUUCCCCAGCUAGAUGCCCCAAUCUCUCAAUUUUAUGCAGAUAGAGCUCAAAAGCAUGGCAUGGAUGAAUUUAUCUCUUCCAACCCCUGUAACUUUGACCACGCUUCACUCUUUGAGAUGGUUCAGCGCCUCACUUUGGACCACAGACUUAAUGAUUCGUAUUCUUGUCUGGGCUGGUUCAGUCCUGGCCAGGUAUUUGUGCUAGAUGAGUAUUGUGCACGUAAUGGAGUCAGAGGCUGUCACAGACAUCUCUGCUACCUCAAAGAUUUACUAGAACGAGCAGAAAACGGAGCUAUGAUUGACCCCACCUUGCUUCACUACAGCUUUGCCUUUUGUGCAUCACAUGUUCAUGGCAACAGGCCUGAUGGAAUAGGAACUGUAACUGUAGAAGAGAAAGAACGUUUUGAAGAAAUCAAGGAGCGGCUUCGCUUGCUUCUGGAGAAUCAGAUCACCCAUUUUAGGUAUUGCUUUCCAUUUGGCCGACCUGAAGGUGCGCUGAAAGCUACUCUAUCCCUACUGGAAAGGGUUCUGAUGAAAGACAUAGUUACUCCUGUCCCUCAAGAGGAGGUAAAAACAGUCAUCCGUAAAUGCUUGGAGCAAGCUGCUUUAGUCAACUAUACUAGACUAUCAGAGUAUGCCAAAAUUGAAGAGAAUCAAAAGGAUGCAGAAAAUGUAGGCCGGUUAGUCACUCCUGCCAAAAAGCUAGAAGAUACAAUACGUCUGGCAGAACUGGUAAUUGAAGUUCUACAGCAGAAUGAAGAACACCAUGCAGAGCCUCAUCCAAACAAAAAUGAAGCCUUUGCGUGGUGGUCAGACUUAAUGGUUGAACAUGCAGAAACCUUCCUGUCAUUGUUUGCGGUGGAUAUGGAUGCUGCAUUAGAGGUGCAACCCCCAGACACGUGGGACAGCUUUCCACUAUUUCAGCUGCUAAAUGAUUUCCUCCGUGCUGACUAUAAUUUGUGCAAUGGAAAAUUCCACAAACACCUUCAAGACCUGUUUGCUCCACUUGUUGUUAGAUAUGUCGAUCUGAUGGAGUCCUCAAUUGCACAAUCAAUUCACAGGGGCUUUGAGCGGGAAUCAUGGGAGCCAGUAAAGAGUUUAACAAGUAAUCUGCCCAAUGUGAAUCUACCAAAUGUGAAUCUCCCUAAAGUACCAAAUCUACCAGUUAACAUCCCACUAGGCAUCCCACAAAUGCCUAGCUUUUCUGCACCGUCAUGGAUGGCUGCUAUAUAUGAUUCUGACAAUGGAUCAGGAACCUCUGAAGAUCUGUUUUGGAAACUUGAUGCCCUGCAGACCUUCAUUCGGGAUUUACAUUGGCCUGAGGAAGAAUUUGGAAAGCACCUAGAACAGCGUCUAAAACUUAUGGCAAGUGACAUGAUCGAGUCUUGUGUUAAGAGAACCAGGAUUGCAUUUGAAGUAAAGCUGCAAAAAACCAGUCGAUCAACAGAUUUCCGAGUCCCCCAGUCAAUAUGCACCAUGUUUAAUGUUAUGGUUGACGCCAAAGCUCAAUCAACAAAACUUUGCAGUAUGGAAAUGGGCCAAGAGCACCAGUACCAUUCAAAAAUAGAUGAACUAAUUGAAGAAACCGUCAAAGAAAUGAUAACACUCUUAGUGGCAAAGUUUGUCACCAUUCUGGAAGGAGUCCUGGCCAAACUGUCCAGAUACGAUGAAGGGACAUUGUUUUCUUCUUUUUUGUCAUUUACUGUGAAGGCGGCUUCCAAAUACGUCGAUGUACCUAAGCCGGGGAUGGAUGUUGCUGAUGCCUAUGUGACAUUUGUUCGCCACUCUCAGGAUGUCUUGCGUGAUAAGGUCAAUGAGGAGAUGUAUAUAGAAAGGUUAUUUGAUCAAUGGUACACCAGCUCAAUGAAUGUCAUUUGCACCUGGUUGACAGACCGCAUGGACCUGCAGCUUCACAUUUACCAACUGAAAACUCUUAUUAGGAUGGUAAAGAAAACCUAUAGAGAUUUCCGAUUGCAAGGAGUGCUGGACUCCACCCUAAACAGCAAAACCUAUGACACCGUGCGAAACCGGCUGACUGUAGAAGAAGCCACAGCGUCAGUUAGUGAAGGCGGAGGUCUUCAGGGAAUCACAAUGAAGGACAGUGAUGAAGAAGAUGAAGAAGAUGAUUAG